CUGAGCUGGCUGCACUGAGGCAGCAGAAGGAGGGCAGUGUCUCUCAGGAGCAGCUUGAGGAGCAGCGGUGCUCCAUGCAGGUGGAGAUCAACACUCUCACUGCCAAGCUGAGCACCCUGACACGCCAACACGAGAAGACCUGCACUGAGGUGUUCCAGGUGCAGAGGGAGGCUCUCUUCAUGAAGAGUGAGAAGCACAGUGCUGAGGCUGCGCUGGCUGCCGUGGAGAAGCAGCUGCAGGAGCUGAGAGCCGAGUCGGGCCGCGUGCAGGAGCUGCACCAGCGUAUUGAGGAGUCCAGCAGCCUGGUCCGGGAGAGGGACCACAUGAGCUGUCGAAGGAGGUGUUCAGACUGA